CUCUGUCCUAUCCUAUCGCCACUGAUCCAACAACUGAGUCCCUAUGAUGAGGACAGUCAACCAGUGUCUCAGGGUGAUCGUCUCCUACGCCUUCUUGUCAAGGGUAUGUUGUACGAGGCGUGUGAAGAUUUCUGUGCUGCCAUGGCGACCGAGAACAAUGCAAAAAUGCGAUUUCCACCGAUGUUGUCAAACGAGGACGAUGCCGAGAAGUUGGAUGCUGCCAGUCAGAAGCCCGACGGGGGUCGCAUCUCCUCCUCCGUCUACACCAUCCCCGCACCCGAUCUCUCUCUCAACUCCUGGCUGCAGUCCCUGCCCGAGGGCUGCUUCACA